AUGGGGGCGGCGGCGGCGAAACCGGCACCGAGAGCGGACGGCGUGCGGAGGCACAAGGUACUCGUGCCCUGGCGUUUCCAGCCCGGCUUCGUCAGGCAGCCGCUCAAGCACGCCGCCUCCGCCAAUGACGCAGCGCUCAACGGCGGUGGCGGUAAUACCGCCGGCGUCCCUGAUGCCAAAAAUUGCGGAUCGGAUGGGGCGCCGAGCGCCGGCGGUGAAACCAACGGUUUCCGCGACGCAAAAAUUUUCGGAUCAGGUGUGGCGCCGAGCAGCGGCAAGAGCGGGGGAGUUGUUGGAGGAGAGGAGCAAUCGGAGAGAUGCACUCGAGGUCAGAGUUUGAAGAGCCCUGAUGUGGACAAUGGUGGUCGCCCUGGACCCGGAAAUGCAUGCAAUCCGGGCAAGUCUGUAAGGGGUGGCUGGGUGAAGAGCUCUCCAUUGGAAGGUGCAGGAAAUAGCAGGGGUGCCAAUGAUGGCGGCGAGGCUGCCGCUGGAGAGGACUGCAAUCUGGGGAGCUCUAACUGUGAUGGUAGUUCGAAGGAUGCUCGCACCCUGGAUUUCAGGGGUGCUGGCAAUGGAGCAGCUUGCGACCCUGAGGUGAUUGAGAUCAAUGUAGGAGCAGAGAAGUGCUCUGCCAAGGGUUUGAAGAAGCCGUUUGUGGAUCAGACCGGGUCAAAGAGCAAUGGUUCUGCUUCAGGACUCAGGUCAGAGGACCCUGAUGGAAAUGUUGGCUUGGGAGAUUCCUCUUAUCAUGCCGCAAAGGGGUGUAGCAUGGGAGAUGGGGCAGCCAAGGAGAAUGACGCAACAGCCAAAGGUUGCAGCUCGGCGACUCCUGGCAGCAAUGGUAAUGGAACGUACUGCCGCAAGGGACGGAAAGCAGUUGUACCAUGGAGAUUCCAGGCUGGGUACAAGCGAUCAUUCUCUGAUGCUUUUGGCUCCAAUAAUGGAUCUCCUGAUAGUCCAGCAUACAGGUUUGACGGCAGUUCAACACAGUGCGCUCCAGCAACUAGAAGCUCUGUGCGGUGUUAUGCAAGUGCUCAUUCUGGUGUUAGAGUUUCUGCUAUGUAUAACUUCUCAAUGAAAGGUGAAAAUGGGACUGGUACUGAAUGUAAGAAGAGGAAAACUGAUAACGAUUAUCAGGAUGAAGUGAUGCUAAAUAAUGGAGGUCCAAUCAUUAGAGAGCGCAUCAUGCGGUCUCUACAGGAUCUCCGGUUAAUUUAUCGGGAGCUUUUAGAUGAAGAAGAGGAUAAUUCGAGGGAAGAAGUGCUUAACAUGCGGGCAGAUCUACGGGCUUACAAAAUUUUCAGGGAGCGGUUCUCCACAGAGUUUGAUGAUGAGAAAUAUAUUGGCAGUGUGCCUGGAAUCUAUCCUGGUGAUAUCUUUCAUCUGAGGGUUGAGCUUUGUGUUGUUGGUCUCCAUCACCCACACAGGGUAGGUAUUGAUUGUACCAAGAAGGAUGAUGGUACUACUGUGGCUGUUAGUAUUGUGUCAUGUGCACAAUCUUCUGACAUCAAGUAUAAUCUGGAUGUCUUGGUAUAUGCUGGACCAGUGGCAGUUACAGUCAAUCAGAGGAUAGAGGGUACCAACUUGGCUCUUAAAAAGAGCAUGGACACUAAUACACCAGUCCGUGUUAUCCAUGGGUUCACCACUCAAAAUGGAAAAAAGAAAUUUCCUACUUAUAUAUAUGGUGGUUUAUACCUUGUUGAGAAGUACUGGAGGGAGAAAGAGCAUGGAGACCGUUAUGUGUAUAUGUUCCAACUGAGAAGAAUGAAAGGGCAAAAACACAUUGACAUCCAAGAAAUUCUGCAAACAGGGAACUCUGGAUCAAACGACAAUGUUAUCAUCAAAGAUCUAUCACGUGGAUUGGAGAGAGUUCCAGUACCUGUUGUUAACAAAAUAUCCGAUGAGUGCCCAAUGCCCUAUCGCUACACUUCAAGCCUUCAAUAUCCCCGUAACUAUUGUCCAACUCCUCCAGUAGGUUGUGGUUGUGUAGGUGGGUGCUCAGACUCAAAAAAGUGUGCAUGUGCAGUGAAAAAUGGUGGAGAAAUCCCUUUCAAUGAUAAAGGCCGCAUUGUAGAAGCAAAGCCUCUCGUUUAUGAGUGUGGGCCUUCUUGCAAGUGCCCUCCUACAUGUCACAACAGAGUUGGCCAACAUGGGCUCAAGUUUCGGCUGCAAAUCUUCAAAACAAAAUCAAUGGGUUGGGGUGUGAGAACUCUUGACUUCAUACCAUCUGGAAGCUUUGUGUGUGAAUAUAUAGGAGAAGUGUUGGAGGAUGAAGAAGCACAAAAAAGGACAAAUGAUGAGUAUUUAUUUGCUAUUGGGCACAAUUAUUAUGAUGAGUCACUUUGGGAGGGCCUAUCAAGAUCUAUACCGUCACUUCAGAAGGGUCCGGGCAAAGACGAUGAAACUGGAUUUGCUGUUGAUGCUUCAGAAAUGGGGAACUUUGCAAAAUUUAUCAAUCAUAGUUGCACCCCAAACAUAUAUGCACAAAACGUCCUUUAUGAUCAUGAAGAUAUCAGUGUCCCUCAUAUCAUGUUCUUUGCUUGCGAUGAUAUUCGACCCAACCAAGAACUAUUAUACCACUACAAUUACAAAAUAGAUCAGGUUCAUGAUGCCAAUGGGAACAUCAAGAAGAAGAAAUGCCUCUGUGGCUCGGUUGAGUGUGAUGGCUGGCUGUAUUAA